AUGAAAAUGUCUGAUGGUAUUUAUGAAGAUGUGAUCAGGACUGAGUCUGAGAGAAUGAACACAGACAGAGUGGAGAUGAUGGUGGAAAUCUAUGAGAGUGCAGAAUGUGUGACAGAUCAUGACUUCAGGACAGAGACAAACACACACCAACCACUUCAGCGUACAGGAAGUGAUUGUGUGAAGAUCAGAAGCUCCAGAGCAGCUGCAGUGUGUUUGGUGCUGCUGUGUGUUCUUCUGCUGACUGCAGUCAUAGUGCUGUGUGUCACGUUCACUCAAGAGAGACGACAGUUAAUAUCCAAGAAUGAAAACCUGACCAAUGAGAGAGACCAGCUAAAACUGGAGAAAAAUGAUCUUCAGAUGACUCUUGGUAAACUGGACAAGUUAAAAAGACUGAAAAAAGUGCUAAUAGUUAAACUGGUUGUGUUUACAGAUGGAUGGAUUCACUAUCAAUCCAGUCUUUACUUCAUUUCCUCUGAGGAGAAAAACUGGACUGAGUGCAGAAGAUACUGUACAGAGAGAGGAGCAGAUCUGAUCAUCAUAAACAACAGAGAGGAACAAAAAUUUGUCAGUAACAGUUCUGAUGGUGUCUGGAUUGGUCUGACUGACAGUGAUGUGGAGGGCAGAUGGGAAUGGGUUGAUGGCAGCACACUGACCUCUGGGUUCUGGAGGUCUGGAGAGCCUAAUAGUUACUGGGGCGAUGAAGACUGUGCUUUGACUUCUUCAACAGGAUGGAAUGAUUAUCCAUGUAAUACAGCAUUUAGAUGGAUCUGUGAGAAGAUUAUUUUUAAAUGACACAUUUCAAUAAAUAUGCGAGCAGAAUGCAUUAUGAACACACAAGCAACUAUAAUAAUGUAAUAAAGCAAAAUGAAAUAACUGCACAUUAUGUAAUGAGUAUUACAUUACUAAUAACUUAA